ACCAAUUCUCCCGCACUCGGCGCAAUCGAGCGGUCUCCGGGCUGUCGGCGUGACGGGCGCGCGCUGUGGCCCCCGAGGGUGCUCGGGGCCGCCGCGCGCGUGUCGCGCGGCAGCGCUCAGAUAGGCGAGCCAAUCUGUUCGCCGAAGGUCGGCGAAGCAGCGCCGGAGAGGGUCAUGCCAGACGGUGGGGGCGGAGGCGACCCGGGAACGCGGGGCGGCGAGGCGGCCACAGCCUCCGCGCGGAGAGCUCCGUCCAGCGAGCGGGAGCGUUGCCUGCGCGGCGGCGUGGAGGUGGGCGGACUCGAAUCCACCCCCUUCGCCGUAGCACGCAGCGACCAGAGGUGGGGGUGAGCGGGCUGGCCCGCGCCAGGGACCUUGGCGAGCGCCACCUUGGGAUCAGAGGUUCGCGCGAAGCUAGGCCUAUCUCCUUCACUGUUCCACCCGCGGUCCCCGACGCUCACGACUCCCCGUGCAUGUGCAUAACGAACGGCUGCUUGUGCAUCUGAUGGGCAUGUGCAUCGACAUACGCUUCGGGAUCGCCGAAGGCGUCCUCAAGCAAGCGAACACAGGUCGACACAUAACAACUCGAGAAUCGUGCUUGCGAAACAGAGCGGACAUACGAUAGUUCCCGACAGCAGCGAGGUUGUAUAGCAUACCCAUGGCAAGGGCGCGACGGGGAGCACACGUGAAACUUUCGAUGCGUCACGGGUGGGCGAGGAGAACUGAACAACAAACAGCAGCACCGUGGCCGCAGUCUGAUUGAACGCUUUCAGCGAAAGGUUCAGGCUCGAUAUCGGCUCGACCCAUGACUCUUUCUGAUAUUUGGCACCAACCUUGAUGUAGAGGUACUUCGCAUGUGUGGUCGCAUUGAACUGGGAUGCGUUGAUGCGGGGCUCCCAUAAUUUCUGAAUCUUGCCUGUUCGGUCGAACUCGCGGUCGAAAAAGCUAAGCAUGGAAACUCGCAUGAAGAUAGGCUCCAUUUCAUUUAUGUUGAACGAGGCGGGGCAGCCUCGGACAGAGCGCGCGAAGAAUCGGAUCCAUCUCAACAACGAAAACAGAGCCUAACGGUGGACAUCCUUGUUUGAUGCCCCUCCUGAUGGCAAACGAAAAAUUAGAAACUCCUCCCAUACUUACCGUACUCGUCACGUGUGUGUGUGUGUGUGUGUGUGAAACGUGCGCAAAGCCCCCAUCGCAUGCCGCGGAAGUGCAUCCGCUUGAAGACAACGAAGUAUCACUCGCGGCAAAGACUAGGGAAAGCAGCUUGAAUGUCGAGAGGGAUGGCUCCAGCGGUCUCUCUCCACUGAAUGCCUGCGAGGAGGAAAAGGAAAAGGAAGAGGAUGAGGAGGAGGAUGAGGAGGAGGAGGAGGAUACUGGCAGAACACAGAGCCUCAAAGGUGGCUCGUCCCUGUAUGAAUGUGACAAUCACCGUGUUGAUCGCCGCUCUCCGGUAGUGCUUGGUACCCCUGACUGAGGGGGGGAGAAAUAGCGGCCACCACUCGAGGUCGGGGGCGUCCAAAGAGACUUGCGCGAAAAUGGACGGUCACCAGUUCAGCGCGGAUGGAAUCUUCAGCGAGAAGCUGGAAGGACGGGAAUGAGCAUGCGGGAAAGCAGGUCGCAGGGAAGGGUGCGGUGGUGGGAGAUUCGGCGAUGGGAGAGCGGAGAAAGAUGCGUACCUGCAUCGACUACGCGUCGAGGGCGGAACCACGGAGGAGGUUGGAUGGGCGGCAAGCAGCGAAGGCGAGAGACGCGCAGCAUAAGCGUAGCGAUGAAAUUUGCCGCGAUAGGCACGGAUAUGGU